UGUGUGGACUUCUCGAACUUUCGCCAAAACAAAUCAAAACUCUACCGAAAAGUGCCAAAAGAUUCAGCUAGAGACACUUCCGCAGAAUCUCCUCCACACAUACAAAAUUUAUGUGUAAAUGAGUACAGCUGCCUGCCCGCUCGACCUCAGCAGCAGCAGCAGCGACAACCGAAAGAGCAAAACGGCAAACACGCGGGAAAGAGUAUCAACGCUCGGGGCCAGCAGAAGUCGUCUCCAAAGAAUCGGCUCGCUGCUGACGCUCGCCGUUCUCAUGUGCCAGCUACAGCAGUUCGCCCACCCCGGCGGCGGCGGCGGGGCCAUCGAAGCCGCCCCAACACCCACGCAAUCAUCACGCCUCCAGAAGCGACACAAUGCGGGAAACUUUCGGCAGCGCUUCCAGAGGGAACUCAACGGCAGCAUCGCCCGUUUGGACUGGGAAAAUACGUGCGGCGGCAACUGGACGGGACCCGAGGACAGGGUGCGUUCAACAAAACGCUGCAAAAAGCGCCAAUUGGUUAUCCAUGCGCUACAGAACAACACCAGAAGCGAGCUGCGUAGCCUGCGGGCAGAGAACAAGGACACGGCCAUCACCAAGGCCAUCGACAUCUCGCAGCAGCGGAAGUGGGCGCUGCACAGUGGAACCUACAAGUUUUUGCCAAGCCUCAAUGCGAGCAGUAGCCAGCUUAACCUGCGCCACGUGCAUCGGGACCUGCAGUUCUACGUGGGGGCCUUCAGCUACCUGCGCCAUGCCCAGCUGCACUGGGACUACUCCAACACACAGACCGAGAGCGCGAUGUCCGCAGAGCUGGGACGCCUGCGCAAGAGCGCCCGUCACGUACUGUGCAGUGUGGAGGUGGCCAUAAACGCCACCAACCGGCUGUAUGCCGGCAUUGGCCAGAAGAACGGUCGCCGGACCGUGCCCCUCCUACGCAGGAAGAUCUUGAGCCGAGAGCUCAUGGAGAAACGCCUGCAGCAGUUCAAGACGCCGCUUGUCCAGCUGCACCACGAGGCGACACUCUCAGCCCGCGGCUUGCCCGCCGAACAGCCCACACAGUCCGUGCAGCUGGCCGUGGACGCGCGCUUUGUCAAGUUCGAGUACGUGCAGUACCUGAACAGUGCCUGGAAGAUCCUCGCCAGGCAGCGCAAGCAGCUCUGCCGCAAUCAGAGCCAGAGGCAAGGCAACGCCCUCAAACAGAGGCAGCCAAGCCAGGUUCGCGACAGGACACAAUCGAAUUAAGGACCACAAGAAGGAGAGACAAGAGCAACAAGAGAAACCUCCGCUCCAUAACGAGGCUCAUUCCACCACCCCCAAGACAUUGAUAUUUAUUAACCAUUCGCUAUUUAUUAAAUCAAAGUCACGAAUCACCAGUCACGAAUCACAAGCGAUCCAGUCGCAGGAUGAAAACACACAAAAGUCCCCCCCGAUCAAAACAAGAGACACCUCCUCUACCACCUAAGAUAUAUAUAAUUUAUUUUAUUUCUAGAUAUAGAAAAGGCGUGUAUUUCCUUCUUUUUUUUUUGAAUAGAUCUAAGCCUCAUUGUAUUAUUUAUUAUGACAACUCGCCAAGAUCUGCCGCACAUUGUGCUAGAUCCUAAGAUCACUUUUUAUCGAUUACCAACCGUUUCCUUGUAUUACGAUGCUGUGAUAAUAUAUGAUAAAGCUCCAUUCCAAUGCAAUAUAGCCCCGAAUCCAUGCACGAAACCAUAACCUGCGAGUAUUUAUGUAUGUACAUCAAUCAAAGCUAUGAAAUCCAACGAAAUUUUGUAUAUGCUUCCAAACUCCCCAAAAA